GAUUUAAAUUUGUUAGUAGAAAUAUGACGUUUUUUAUUAAUAGUUUACUGGCAUUUAUGUUAGUAUUUAGUUUAUUUCCUUAUAAUAGUUCAGGUAGAGGGUUUAAUAAAGUGUGUAGUUCCUACGAGGCUUAUUUCGAUCACCCGGAUAUAAAUCCGCAGUGCUGGGAGGAUAAGGAUCUGUAUGCUACUCCAGAACAACUAGCAAGGAACCAUGACCUAAUUCUGGAAAGACACACGGUCAAAACUGAAGACCUGUAUAUGUUGACCACGUUUAGACUGAAAAAACUUGACGGGAGAUAUGGCGAGACGGUUAUUUUUCUGCAACACGGCUUGGCGUCCAACUCCAGAUGCUUCAUGCACAACGGCAAUAAUUCCAUGGCAUUUGUGUUGGCUCAUCAAGGGUUUGAUGUAUGGUUAGGAAAUUACAGAGAUACUGAAUUUUGUUCCCAUGAAUUUCUAUCCAGGGCAGAUUUUGAAUAUUGGAAUUUCAGUUUUGACGAGAAUGGUUUGUACGACCUACCCGCCAACUUCGAAUAUGUCUAUCAAAAAACCAACAAGAAAAUCAUCUAUAUCGGUCAUUCUAUGGGUGGUACCGGUAUGGGAAUAUACAGUUCCGUCAAGAGUAACGAAGCUGAGAAGUAUAUUCAACACGCCAUCUUGAUUGCUCCGGUUUUUUACAUGAAGAAUCCUUUGGGAUUGCUUAGGAGCUAUUCAGAUUUGGGCUUGUUUCUGAGCAACGUUUUAAAAGAUGUCAGCGUGCCUGUAGUGUUGACACCAAACACUUUGGAAUACCAAGCCAUAGUAGAAUUCUGUUUUUCUUCAUUACAGAAUGCCAAAAUGUGUUUGGCUGUUGUGGAAGAAUUUAUGGGACCCUCUCAAUACAACAUUGAUCCGGAUAGAUUCUACUUUGGUGUAAAGAUCUUUAGUUACAGCUGUGUCAAUUCCUUGACGCACUACAUUCAGUUUGCGCACUCUGGAGAGUUCCAGAUGUUUGAUUUUGGAGACAUGGGAAAUUUGAUGAGGUACCACUCCUUACGACCACCAAAAUACAAUUUGAGUGACGUUACCAUUCCCAUGACUUUAAUCUAUGGAGAAACAGAUUACCUGGGCACCAAAGAGGAUGUAUUGUAUGCCUACAACACGUAUAAGAAAAGCAUCUGGGAGACAUACAGUAUGCCAUACAACCACGCUUAUUUUUUAAUAAAUAAAGAUGUUGUCACGACAUUAUACCCUAACCUCAUGCGGUCAAUAAAUAAAUUUAAUAAAAAGUAUGUUCUAGGUAAAAAUAUGUCAGGAAACCUAAGUUUAUACGGUAUAUUGUGUUUUUCAAUUAGUUAUAGUUUAAGUGAUGAAAAAAAUAAAGUAUGUGAUACAUUGGAGGCAUAUUUUGAUUAUUCUGUCAAAAAUAACCAUUGCAAAAGUAUCCUGGAUGUAAACUCAUCUCCAGAACUCAUUGCACAAUCAUACGGAUAUAUGCUAGAAAGUCACAGAGUUAGAACUGACGAUGGGUACAUUUUGACAACAUACAGGGUGAGAAAUAUGAUUGAUAAUUCUUAUGGGAGCAAAGUUAUAUUUUUUCAACAUGGUCUCAUGCUCAAUUCCAGGUCUUACAUGAGCAAUGGGAAUAAUUCUAUAGUUUUCUACUUUACCAAACACGGCUACGAUGUGUGGAUGGGAAAUUUUAGAGACGCUGAGUUCUGUUCCCACGAGGCCAUUUCCAGAAAUAAUCCAAAAUAUUGGGAUUUUAGUUUUCACGAAAAUGCCUUGUAUGAUCUACCAGCAAACUUCAAGUAUAUCUAUAAUAUGACGGGUAAGAAAAUGACGUACGUUGGACAUUCCAUGGGUGGUACUACCAUGAUGAUAUACGGGGCACUUAGAGGAGAAGAUGCUGAGAAAUAUAUAAAAAAUGCCCUUCUACUGAGCCCAGCCGUUUAUAUCAAAUAUCCGUAUAUUCCCACACUGAUUGGUCUAAUAGUUUUGAAUCUAGUUAGGUGGGCUGGAAUUGGUGUUUUGCUCUCAUCAUCCAGACUUUCAUUCCAAAUCCAAAUAGCUUUUUGUAUGCAUUCUAUUACUACUCUUAAAUUAUGUUUGAGAACUGUUGAAUUUUUAUUUGGGCCCUCGAAAUAUCGAGUAGAACCCCCCAACGUUCCAUACAUGAUGAGACUACUGAACAACGCAUGCGUGAAAUCUCUGAUACAUUAUGCUCAGCAAGUGUUAUAUGAAGACUUUACCAAGUUUGAUUAUGGCCCAACCAAGAACCUUCAACUCUAUGGUACCGUACAACCUCCUGCUUACGAUUUGUACAAUAUCAGCGUACCUAUAACACUACUACAUGGUGCAAAUGAUUACAUAGCUACCAGACAGGAUACAUUUUUAAAGCGAUACAAAAACAUUACAACCGGUGACUGGCACAUAUUUGACAUGCCAUACAAUCAUGUUUAUUAUUUAUUAAAUAAGGAUGCCGUCAAUAUACUGUACCCAUUCAUGUUAAAAGAAAUCAGUCAACAUGUUUGACAUUAAUUGGAUAUUAAUACCGUUGACUGAAAGAAUAAUUGGGAAGAUAUGCAACCUACUGGGUGAAUUCCUGACAAGGCUGAUUUGAUUUCCCCUUACGUCUCAUAUGAUGUACGGUGGAGACACCAAUCGUUCUGCGAUCAACUCAAAAAAUACUUAUUUUCUCUAAUUCGGCCAGCGAAGGCAUAUGUAGGCGUUUAUGUAUUGAAAAUCUAUUCGUGUUAAAAAUUCGUUUGCUUGGAAAUAUCGAUUAUUGACAUUUACCAUAAUAUUUUACAUUUGAAAUAACGGCGAUCUUAAUUUGCAAGCCAACUCUGGCGCCAUUCUUUGUUUAAUCAUAUAAUAUUAUAUUAAAUUGUUUAAUGAUAAAAAAUCCGUCUUAUUAACGUACUG